CAUAAUAUCAAGGACUCAUCGAUAUCAAUCCACUGAUGCCGUGAUGCAUUAUUUUUAUGAUCCCGCCGUUAUCGAUGAAAGCACACGGGUCAACUAGUUCACAAGCUGCGUAUUAUAACCAAGGCCACAGAAGAAUAAGGUCUUACCAAACGUCUAUUCACUGCGCAUCGUGACUUAUUAUGUCUGACCCUCAAGUAUGGCUAAUCACAGGUGAGUUAUCCUUAUUUCCUGCUUUUGGUCGCCGUCUAGUAUCAAUCGUUCUAGAACGCGGUGAUCGUGUAACAAUACAAGAUUUCCCCCAAUCUCCGAACUUGCACCUCCUAGAGCUCGAUGAACGGGUGGAUGAGGCGGCUAAGGUGUGGGGCAGGAUUGACGUGUUGGUGAACAAUGCGGGGGCAGACAGGAUGAUAAGACAAUUCCGCCCUAAUGUCUUCGCAUUACCAUACAUGCGUGAAAGGAAGAGUGGUACAGUAGUCAUUAUCGGGAGUCGUAGCGCCUGGAGGCCUGAACUCACGUGGUUUAAACAACGUCUGUUUCAUGGACUUGGCGCUUAUGCCUCAUCAAAGGCAGGCUUAAUGGGCGAAACACUUGCCGCAGAGGCGAGGCAUGAGGCUACCCCUGGAAAUCAACCAGGAGAUCCCAUGAAGGCAAUGAAAAUUCGUCGUAGACGUCGUAAGAGGAGAGGUGUUGCAGCUGGAAGGGAGUGGCCGUUGAAUGCAGAGAGGGAUGUCAGAAACAAAUGCAUGAUGAUGUUGAAGCAUCUUGAUGAAAUGGCAGGAC